GCGGAUAAUACGUGCGUAUCUUUCAGCUUCACAUAUGCAUCACCUAGUAUAACUUGCUCAGUUUUGGAGCGUUCUUGAUUGGGGUUGUAAUCUCUGCCGUGCUUUAUGGAGACGUGGUACUACUUUAGCCGGUAUUUCUCGGAUCCUUGGCACCACAAACUUUUAGUAGUGUACACGUACCUUGUCAUUGACUUUGGCAACGCCAAUGAUCUCGAGAAAAUUGUGUGGAGCCUAUUGGUUGAAGUUUUGUUCAAUGGCUUCACGGGGUUUAUGGUUCAAAGCUUCCUCGCCAGGCGUGUCUACCACCUGAGCAACAAGAACAUGAUUAUAACCGCAUCCGUGAUGUCACUUGUUAUCGCUGAACUUGUCAUUGUUGUCAGUGAUCUCGAGUUGGCGACCUUCACUCAAGUUCGCCAGAUCAAGUCAUGGUCAAUGUCUAUAAAUGCUGUAGCAGCUGUCGGAGAUAUCCUUAUCGCUGUCUUGCUCUGCACAUUCCUCCAACGAUCUCGCACUGGGUUCCGCCGGUCCGAUACUAUGAUCAACAAGCUCAUGCUGUUCACUAUCAACACUGGUCUAAUUACCAGUGUUUGCGCAAUGAUGUCCUUCAUUUCUAUUGUAGUGUGGCCUGAUACCUUCAUUUACAUCGCAUUCUAUUUCUGCGUGGGACGUCUUAAUUGCAAUUCCCUGCUGGCAACCCUCAAUGCACGCAAGGGUAUCCGCCGUGAUGGCGAUGCUUGUAACGAGCACGUGUCGACUUUGAUAGACAGAGCCCUGAGACCUAUCAAUAGUCUCAUCGACUCGUCGCAAAUGGAGAUGCCGAACGACCUUUCAAUUAGGACAGAUACCACGCAAGAAUACAUUGAAGAUGAGCUUAAAAAGCCUCAGUCAGUUUAAUUGCCAUGCGGAUGAGAAUCGCAAAAUGCGCCUAUCUCAUUAGUUCUUACUCCUAGAAGAGUAAGCAUACUGUGCCUUUGACA